UUUCUGAGAUCGUGUCAGCGAAAGGUUGUGCGUGUGCCCCUAUUGCUUCAAAACACAACGGCGCAACAGCUCCCCCGUGGUGUAUGGUUGAAGCAGAGGGUGUUCUCCAAAAAACGGCAAAUUCGUGUAUCUUGCAAUCCGGUGCAAAACCGGCCCCGAAAUAAGACUCACACAGUGAACGUUCGAAAGAAUUUUAGUCACAACGUUUCCCGCUGCGAGAAAAUUUCAUUGAAGGUGUUAGUUUUUGUGCAACAUGUGUGAAGCUGGCCAACGGCCUAAUAAUUAAGUGCAAAAGUAAGUGCAACAUUACGAAAAAAGAAAAAAAUAGUCAACCCCCAGCACUAGUGCAUGAUUUUAAAAGUGUCACCCAGUGCAAGUGAGUGCGCGUGUGUGUGUGAGGGUGGUUCGAGUGCAUUACGUAAGUGUGCGGUAAAAAGAGGCAGAUUUGGUGAGGUUGAAUUAAUUUCCACCGCGGUUCUCACGCCGAACGCGUGAACCUUUAACACACCCCCCCGGGGGCCAGUGUUGCGGUGGGUGGUUUUUUCUUCGUCUGGCGGUGUUGCUUCACUUUACCAUCACCACGACAUCAUUUUGGCCACAAAGCGUCGAUUCAGGGUUCUCUCUGUGUAUGUGGUGGUUUCUGUGUGUGUGCGCGUGCGGGUGUGCGAGUGUGUUGAUGAAAAUAUAAUGCAGCUCCCUGCGACUGGCUGCCGGUGCAGUGUCACUAGGGAUUGGGUGCAGCGAAAGGUUAUCAAAGCGACGGGCAAGGUGCAGCUGCUGCAAUCGCUUUCGGCCCACCUGCGGUAAGCAGGACUACGAUAGCCGAACCGUCAACCAUUUUGUGGUCAGCUGUGUGUUGGGCGGCUCGUAUCACAACAUUAAGCACCGAACGGGACCGACGCCAGAAGCCGGCGAUUUAGACAAAAAGAUAUUCGUUUGCCCGCUGCUCUCCCGCUCGGAUAACGACGUCCAUCGUCGUUGCCGGGAGACUUUGACCGCAGCAGAAUGCUCCUGCAACCUGUACCUUCUACAGAACACCAACAGCAACCUCAACAGCAACAACAAUUUCAGCAACAUGCACCGAACCUACUCUCGGCCCAGCAACCCUCAUCACUGACCUCCUCUUCCAGUGCCUCGUCCACACCACCGAUACAGGACGUUAGCCGUUAUCUGGAGACGCUUCAGGAACAGCUCAAGGAAGGCUGGACGGCCCAUACGGCCAAGGACGGUCGGCUCUACUACUGCAACCACAUCACACGAACGGCAGGAUGGUUGCCGCCAAUCGAAAACUGGGUGCAGACGAACGACUUGCCGUACGGUUGGGAAAAAGCUAUCGACCAAAAAGGGCAACCGUAUUACAUCAACCAUCUAAACAAAACUACCACCUACGAGGAACCGAUCAGACAUCAUGGCAACGAUGCACCACCCGAGCCGCGCGUGGUCGUACUCCAGCGCAGUCCUACGCUGGGUUUUGGGUUCGUUGCUGGCAGCGAAAAACCUGUGAUCGUUCGGUUUGUCACGGAAGGUGGCCCUAGUGUAAAUAAGCUGGAACCAGGUGACCAAAUAUUAGCUGUAAACGGUGAGGACGUCAAAGACGCACCCCGGGACCAUGUGAUACAAUUAGUUAGAAAUUGUGAAUCCUCCGUCACGCUGCUCGUGUGCCAGCCGCAGCUCUACAACGCGGUCGGCCGAAAGUCGACGUUACUGUCGGCGGGCAAGAAGGCGAAGCUGAAAUCACGCCCCAUUCGUGUCCGGUUUGCCGAGAGUGUCUGCGUUAACGGGGCGCCAUUAUUUCCGCCAUCUGCCUUUUCCCUCGGCGAUCUGUGCGUGCCGCCGAUGGCAAACGUGCUGAAAGUGUUCCUCGAGAACGGUCAAACCAAAUCGUUCAAGUACGACUCAACUACCACUGUACAGAAUGUUGUUACUUCGUUACGCGAUAAGUUAUGCCUAACCGCCGGUGAGCAUUUCAGUCUCGUGGUGGAACACGUGAAAAGUCUGAAGCGGAACAAGCUAACCCUGCUGGAUCCCCAGGAAACGGUGGCACGGAUAGCGGCCCGACCAGGCGCUCACAAACUGCGCUGCCUGUUUCGCGUGACGUUCGUGCCGGUUUCUGCCGCUGGCCUCGCCCAGAAGGACCUUAACGCGCUGGACUAUCUGUUCCUGCAGUGCUGCAAUGAUGUCACGCAGGAGCGCUUUGCACCGGAGCUGCAGCCCGAAGUUGCACUACGGUUGGCCGCACUGCACAUGCAUCAGCACGCGCUGGCAAACAACAUUUCACCUACAAAAUUAACUGUAAAAACUGUUGAACGAGAGUUUGGACUGGAUCGCUUUGUGCCUGCUUCGCUGAUCGAAGGAAUGAAACGGAAGGAACUGCGACGGCUGUUGGGCCACUUUCUGAAGCUAAACUCACAGAUGACCGGUUCGUCGACCAAAACGCUCACCCAGCUACAGGCUAAAAUUCACUAUCUCGACAUCAUAUCGGGACUGCCCAGCUACGGGGCCAAGUGUUUCAGCACCAACCAGCGGGAUGGCGUCGAGCGAGUCCUGCUCGUUAGUCCACGGUUCGGGUUGAGCCAAAUCGCAGGCGUACGCAACACGGUGCCUCAACCCAUCUGUAAUCUCGAGGAACUGAUCCGUGUGGUUGUAACGCGUGACGAUGACGUGUCGAACACCGUGACCGUCUUCAUUAGCCCCGAUCGAGUGAUCAACUUUUCGAUGGAAGACCGUGAUGCGUCCGAGUUUGCGAUCGUGCUGGCGGGCUACUAUCGACUUAUGGCCGGCAAAGAGCUGCCCCUAGAACAGGAACGCGACACACAGAUUGAAGACAUUGCGCCACCGUACCUUUCACAGCACACGGUUGUUAACAAUGGCUGGAGCUAUCUGCCCUCCGAGAAGCCAACGCACAGUAUAGCCUUCCUGAUGCCACCGCCGUACCAUUCUACCGGUUUCCGUAGCGCUACCGGUUCGAUCAGCUCUUCCAGCCGGUCGGACGAAUGUGACCGCAACGCGAACAGUGCCCGCAUCUCGAAUAAAAACACUCGGCCCAGUCUGCAGGGCUAUGACUUCGAGCCGAACGGUAAGGACAUGCGCGCGUCAAAGGACGGAUUGCUCGCUGGCAAAAUCGGAGGUGUACCGAUGGCCGUGUCCGAGGCACGCAACGAAGAGGUAUUGCGGCGCGUGGCAGAGAUGCAAAAGAUGGUCGAAAGCUCGGAACGCUACCUGAACGAGCACGGUGACUACGGGCACGAGUUUGAGGUGAAACCGGCCGGCAAGCUCAACUUCUGGCGGGAAACGUCGGUCGAUGUAGACGAAAGUGAUUGCGAAAGCCUAAACAGCAGCAAGCAAAGCUCGAACGAGGAUGGUCCCGGUGUGCUGAAGCACAGCGAUUCGCUCACACUGCUGACCGAAACGAUAAACCAAGGUUUGGACGGGAUCGCGAAAGGGCUUAGCUCGAUCUACACGGCACCGUUCAGUGAGCUGAACGGUAAGCUCGAAACCAUGGCCGGUUCGGCACAAAACACGCCCAAAGCCCAGCGGAAACUGUCCGGGCUCAGUCAGAUACUGAGCGAUCUGCAAGCACUCGGUAACGAUCUAUCGCAGAGUGAAAGUGACUCCGAGUCUCUGUACACACCGAACAGCUCUCCCAUACACAAGACGACACAAGGUGCGGGCCCGUUACAGCAGCAAAACUCACAGCAACAGUCGCUACCGCAGCAUCCAACUACAAACAGUGCUGCCAACCUGCGCAACAAGUCAAUCCGCACCAGCUUCGGACUGCACAGCCCGGACAGUGGAAACGAAGGGCGCGACAUGAGCUUAAAGGAUUAUCUGCGCCAGCUCAAAGAGGCCAGCACGGCGAGCGAGCUCGGCACGGAAGGUACGGACCUGGCGGCGAAGAAGCUGGCCGACCUGUACGGGUACGAGCUGCUCGGUGACGAUUCCAUCAUCGAAACCGAUCCCGACAUCAUCGACCUACGAUCGAUCCCUCCGCCACAAACACCCGACGAGCUGGACAAUCUGAAUGUGCUGAGCGUUCCGCCUAGCGGCUUUGACGAUGGCACUGGAGCCGGUAAAGCCGUCGGCGCAAACACUGCCAGCAGUACCGCUAGCAGUACCGGUGCCAAUCCUUCCGCCCUGGGAGCUGGUGAUUUGGAGGAGUUUCUCAAGCAGGUAACAAUAGAGCCCCCUACGCAAAAGAUCACGCCGGCUGUCGAACUAACGCCGGAGGAGAUCCUUUCGUACAUUAUCCCACCACCACCCGGACUGAACGAUCGAAACGAGACGACCGGUCCCGACUCCCAGAAAUCCUUAUUCGCACGGCAUCCCGCUCAAAACCACCAUACCAUCAUCCCCAAACCGAGCGCAGUUGUCAGCACGAACAACAAUAUCAAUACGCUGAAGAACCUUAACUACGAAGCGGACGGGCCGGUGCCAAGACCCCGUGCCGGUUCCACUAACGGACCAACGACACCGUCGACCGUGGCAAACGGAGCAAUCGCCAGUGCGCUCCUCGCUAAGUAUGCGUACGAUCCAACGCGGUUCGAAGUGUACUAUCCGCCGAAGGACAACAGCACCACCGGAACGACUGAGUACGAUCUUUACAGCAAUAGUGCUGCAGCUGUUGCAGUUUCGGGAUCGUCCAGCGAUCAGAAACCGAACGGAACGCACGACUCUAAAAGCAUGAUGAGCAAUGGUGUGGUUGCUAGCGGUGCUUCGAAUGGUCACGUCAUCGAGUAUCCGACCGUUGACCGGAAAGGUCCGUUCUCUUGUUGUGCAAAGUCCAAAUCGAAGGAUAAGCAAAAUGGAGACACCGAACAUGAACAGCAACAGCAGCAGCAGCAGCAGCAACCUCGAGGUACCUCAGACACCCCAUUGGCACUUCCACCGAAACCCUGCCCACACACGGCCACCAUCAACCAACCUGCUCCUCCCCAGCGUCCUCCGAAGAGUGCCGAGCUGCAGCUUCGGCUAGGUUCGCCCAUCCGCUCGCCACCAUCGUCCACCGGGCUGUAUGGAGCGCGGGCGAACGGAAACUACUACGAGCUAGGUCCCGGCGAUCCUCCCUCACUACCGCCCCGUUUCGAACAGUCACCACCACCCCCGGUACCGAUGCUGGCCACGUUGCCACCGAAGAAGCCGCCACUACCUCCGGUACCCAUAAAGCCCUGCAUCCUGCGCAGCCCUGUUCCAAUACUGAAGAACACGCAUGCAACCACCUUCAACCAUCUGCAUCAGUUUCACCAUCACCACCAAACGCCCCCGGUACCGCCGUUACCGCACCAGCACCUGCAACAGCACCACCAUUCGCCGGGUGGCGUCGGUGUCUCCCUGUCCGCCAACUCCUCCCCCGUUCGGACCGCCGGCAUUGGGUCGCCCCAUCUUCACCGCAAUCCCAAUUGUUACAGGGAGAUCGACCGGGCAUUCAACCACCACUGUCCGGACGAGCAGCUGGCCGCGCCGGAGAAGACGAACCUGCCCGCACCGAACACCGUCGGCCAUCAGCGUUCGCACAGCGACUGCCCGCCGGUCUGUCUGAAGAACCCGCCGGUGGACAGUAGAGCACAGCUGACGCUCCUCUGCUCGCCGCAACUAUCGCGCAAAACUUCCCUACCGACAGCGGUGUCCCCCGCACUCGUCGGUACGCUCGCGAACAACGUUGCCCAUGCCACGUUCAGCAAUCCAGGCAGCCCGAUACUGUCCAACAAAAAUGGGCACGUACUGAACGUCGACACGCUCAUGGCCAAGACGGACGUGGCGAUGGCCGGUUUGCUUGUGAAGCUGGACCAGGUGGCUGCCGCCUGUUCGGCCGCACAGACGGCCGGUGGCGGUACUGCGAUCGACGAGGAUCGCUUCCAGCAGGCACGGGACGAACUGACCGAUCAGGCACUGCAGCUGGUCACCGCCUCCAAGCAUCUGGUCGUGUCGAUGUCCGAUGCGAAUCUUACCCACCUGCCCGAACAUCUAACCGCCUGCCUGUCCGCGCUCAGACGCAUCACCGAGCUGGCGCAGGACCUGACGCGUACCACCUCGGCACCGCUGCAGACGCGCAACAUCGUGCUGAAGAUACAUGACGUUGCGUCCAGCUUCCGGGAGCUGGCCUGCGUGAAGGUAGGACCGGGCGGCGCUGGACAGCUGGCACUGAACGCAGAAUGUUUGGCCAACGUGCUCGCCACACUGCUCCGAAGUUUGCGCGUGUUUUCUCCCUAGCAGGAGCAGGACCCGCGUUUGGACGCAACGUGAUCCGAAUGGUCGAAGCGACAAACGCGGAACGAAGGUUGUUAAUAUAGUUGUUAAGCUGCAUAACGCGCAGAAUGAUAAGAAUACCAAUUCCUUUGCUAUCUCAUAUCAGCGAGCGCACUCUUCAUGCUGUUGAUGAGCUGAGGUGAACGAAAUUCUGUAUCAUAUCGCACGUGUCAUCAUAUCGGAAAGGCAUGGCAGUGGGAAGGAAUCCUGUGCAAGUAUACCCAUAGAGAACUUCACAGAGCCGGCAUCAUUGGUUCGUGACAUAUCUCACUAAACUUUUCGAGUAAAAUGUUGCUCAAUUUUCUUGUUGGCAUCAAAGCACCAGAUGGACACAAUUCGUUGAUGUACGCAUUUGAUAGUUAACUGUUUUGGAAGCCAUAACAUAUCCCAGACUGUGGAAAUCCAAGCAUCACCAUAUCUUCCGGACAUUUAAACCUAUUUGCUCUAGUAUCUGGAACACUGUAUCCAGUUGUAAAGGGUACUUACUGAUUACACUCUUCUUUUGCUUGCUUACUGAAACUGAAAGUGGAGAACACGAAGGACGCGCUUAGUUAUUCUUUCACGAAGAUAAGGAGCCCGUCGUAAUGGUCUGACCGAAUAGAAACUUCCAUCGACUAAUGGACGCCAAAUUCGCAUCGGAAGGCGUGGUUGCCUUCGGUACGGUUAGACAAUCAAAUUUCAUUCCCCGGUCCGAUCCGGUUUCGUCAAAAAGUUCAAAGGGUUUCCGAUGUGUGUGUGUGAGUGUUUGUAAGGAGCUCAUUCAAGUAAUUCGUUUUGGAGUUCUUUGUUGCUAGUUGCGUUUUUUCAUGUUUAAGUAAAGUUCGGAAAGAUCGUUUGUAACUAGUAAACACGCAGGUGUACCAACAUUAUGUUGCAGCAAAUCUAGUACUAGUUCAAAAUUCCGAUCGCUGUACAUAAAUACUUAGUGAAUGGCCAUCGAAGAACAGGAUGAGUGUUAGACAGUUGUAGAUUUGAGUAAUGAUAUGAACAUGACUGUAAAUUGUAGAUAACAGCAGAUCGUAGGAAAUCAGACUGUACCAAUCGGUUCUAUGAUGAACGGACGAGCAGGCAUGUGGAUUAAGCUACCACAAAAACUGCAGCACCAUUAGUGCGAUUGACCACUAAUGCGAAGGAUGGUCCACAGGCAUAAUUUCCCAUUCUACGCUACCGAUCGCUCCACAUUAUACUGCCUGUCUAUAAACGGGAGGGGCAAACCUGGAGGGCUCAACGAAAGGAGGAAAAACACGGUUGUUAAAUGUUACAAAACAAAAACCCCCCCACUCUCUCCAGCAUUGGUGGCUUGAUUGUGCGGAGAGGUUUGUGCUGUACAAUAAAAAAUAUCAAAACUCACGGCCUCGAUCUGCUUGUAGCGCCCCGAGGAGAUUUAGCGACAAAAAAACAAAGAGCCCCAGAGGAACGUAUGCGCCAAUGGGGCGAUUAAUUCGAUUAAAAGCCAUUCCGGCCAUUUCUCGGAGUGGACAACAUAGAAAAUCAAUCAGAGCGGGUUUUACUUGUUUUUUUGUUUCCCGUUUUUUCAUGACAUGAACUGUUGAGUUUAUCGACGCAAAGCAUGAUACUCCUGCUUGUUAGACAUUAGUUCAAAACUCCAAACCAGUUGUUAGUUGCCACCGUUUGUAGGCGCUUUUGUUAGUGUUCUGGGAACGAAUUGUUCUACGUCUGUUAUGUUGAGUUUGAUAGAUAUUAUUACUUUACUAGUAGACACAAGCGAUAAUCGAGCGCACUCGGAUUAAUCGAUAUCAAUAAUGAAAGAGUGAGAAGUAGGCGCGUAGCUGUAGGAGAAACACGCACCUCUUUGCAACAAAUAAUACUAAAUGAUAGAAUCACUGAGUAAAUGCUCACAUAUCGGCAAAGGGAGUGCAGUUAAGAUUAAUCCCAACCGCAAACUCACGUAUGGAUCGUACUCGACACAACGUGCAUGAGUGGUGAUCGAUGGAUGAGGGCGUUGAGAUUCAAAUGAGGUGAUGUAACAAAGCCCCGAUGUACAUUUUUCCAUUUUUUUAAAUACCAAAACCAUCCCUUAUCCAUGUGUCAUGAAUGUUGAUUUUUCUAAACAGUUUUGUAAGCCGUUUACAAAACCAUUUAUUGAACCUUUUUUAUUUGAUUUGUGUUUUUUGUUUGUUUCCAUAUUAUCAUAACAGCUAGUCACAUCCAACCAAACAGGUGUUGAAAAAUAGAAAUAUGUAUAACCUUGUUAUUGUUUGCGUUUAAAACCAUUGCGUAAAAAGGGAUUAUCGUUUUAAGUUAAUGCUAAGGUGUUCUGUACUCACAACAAGCAGCAUCAGUAGUACACUCGUUGAGUGUAAGAACGUUCCCGUUGCCAUUCCAAUCACACUGUAAGCGACACAUACAUAGGCAUGGUGUCUCUGUGCAAUUCUGCAAGUCUAAAACGGACCCGUAUUUAUUGAAAUUUAAUUAAAACAAACAUCGUUUCGGUUUACUCUGUCCUAGAGUGAAAGUGUAGAGUAGAUAAACCCCGUAUGAAAUUCAUUGAAGAAGACAAACUUUACCGAUUAAUCUAAACCACUUGCUGAUGGGAAAGCGAAAAGUCGGGGCAAAUUUAAUAACAACAGACACACUACAUGAAUACAUGCAUAGGAAACGUAAUAAAAUCUUUAACGCUAGCAAACACAACAAUACUAGACAGCAAAUGCUACUAACGCUGCAGACAGAGUUCAGCAUGGUAAGUGUAAUUCGUACUGUUGAAUGGCUAGGCUAACCAGGAAUCGACCAAAACAAGAUAAAGGAUGCAAACGUAAACCGCUAUAUAGGCGAAAAACCCAUUAGAUAAUUGACUAAUAAAAUUAGUUAACAUAUGCAAAACACUA